ACCUUGCUCAUUCAUUCUCAACAUCCACACUCCACCAUCUUGCCUCCAAGCAUUCUUUCCAUAAAAAACUUGAAAAGUUCACAAUUGAACACAUUGAAAAAUUGCCUUUUCGAAAUCACGGUAUUGUUCCGCUGCCACAUUCUUUGAAAAGAAACGAAGCAAUCAAAUCCAUAUCAACAAUGUCUGGAAAUGCUACCAAGAUCGCCAACGGACAGGGAAGUGACCUCAGUGUAGGGAACUUGACCAAUGUACCGGACGGAAGCAACCGCAAUAAUGUGGAUCGAUUCUCUCAGUCUUCUGCUGCUGAUGAGCCAUACUUUGCUCGCGCACGAAUGCAGGAUCGAUCUGCUCAUGCCUCGCGCUUGUCGAGUCAACUGAGCGAAACGGAUGAAAUCAUGAAAAAAUGAAGACAAAUGGUCUAUUGUUCAAAAGUCAUAGCGAAGGAAGGGUAUUCAAAGGUUCCAAGAGAAUGUUCUAUAUACAUAUUGCGUCAUCAGGGUUGGCGAUCAUAAAAAGUUCGGGA